AUGCUGUUCCCGGAGGAAGAUGCGCCGCUGUUGAAGACGUGGAUUGUCAAGCGCAUCGAAAACACGUCCGAUGCAGAUUCUGAUGUGCUUGCCGACUAUGUCAUUGCUUUGCUGAAACACGAUGGCGAUGCCCAGUCGGUGCGGCAGCUUUGCGAAGCUGAGAUUCCCGACUUUUUGACCGAAGAUUCAAAGGCUUUCCUCGACGAUGUUUUCCAAGCGAUCGCGUACAAGUCAUAUCGACCAGGUGCUCCGCCGCCUCCAAAACCUGCCACCGGUGCCAUUGGCGCUGGAGCUCCUCCCCUUCCUGCGUUUUCGGGCGUACAGAGCACUGCGCCGCAUCAAGGUGCCUCAAGGAAACGAGGGUUGGCAGAUGAUAUGGAAUACGAGGGACAGGCGACGUAUGGCAGGGGACACAAACAGCCCCGGCGAGGCUCGAACCAUGGGAGGAUGGACGACCCGACAAUGGGUGGUUACGUGUCUGUGGAUUCCAUGCCGGGCAUGAAGCACUUUGAUCCCAAGAGUGCACUUGAGACAAUCAUGCAGAUGCAGGCUAUGGGACUUCCGUACCCUGGCAUGGCCGAAUUCAUGGCUCAGAUGCCUCCUGUUGGCGGUGGAAGGAACUCGCAGCGGCGGAGAGGGCGUUGCCGAGACUUUGAUACCAAGGGAUACUGUUCUCGUGGAAAUCAGUGCAUGUAUGAUCACGGCAACACUUCCGUCUAUGUUCCCCCCAUGUUUUCUGGAAUUGAAGAAUACGAUCCCAGCAAUGCUGUACUUGGCAUGUCAGGUCAUGCCGCAAACCCUUACUCGUUCCCUAUGGAUAUGAUGGGCCGUGGUCGAGGUCGUGGCAGUCGUGGUGGCCGCGGAGGCCGCGGAGGGAAGAAAGGGGGUGCGCGAGCCCCCUUUUCGGCAGAAGGUCCUCUUAACGAUCGUACUAAGAGUACUAUCGUCGUGGAAAACAUCCCCGAGGAUCAUUUCGAUGAAAACGAGGUGCGGGCGUUCUUUUCACAAUUUGGCGAAGUGGUUGAGGUCUCGAUGCAGCCGUACAAGCACCUGGCCAUUGUGAAAUAUGAAAAGUGGGCGUCAGCCAAUGCUGCAUACCGGUCGCCAAAAGUCAUUUUUGACAACCGAUUUGUCAAGGUAUUUUGGUACAAGGAAGAGGGCGUCAAAGCACCAUUCUCGGCAGCAGGGAAUGGAGAUGGUGUGCUCUCUAAAAUUGAUGGCGACGGAUCUGCUGCACCAGCAGAAGCUGAGGCUGAGAUUGAUAUGGAAGAAUUUCAACGGAAGCAAGAAGAAGCGCAAAAGCAGUACCAGGAGAGAGAAGCAAAGAGAACAGAUCUAGAGCGACAGCGACAAGAGUUGGAAAAGCAACAGCAGGAGCUACUAGCAAGACACAGGGAAGAAAGCGAGAGACUGAAAGCGAGGCUGGCAGAGAAGAGUGGCGCGACCGCAGAUGCCAAAGCCACGGGGUCUUCAUCAUCGACGGAUAUGCUACGUGCUCAGCUGGCGGCAUUAGAGCAGGAAGCCAAGAUUCUCGGCAUCGACCCGGAUGCCGCAGAAGAUGGAAGCGGCUACAGCUCACGAGGCCGCGGAUAUAGAGGGCGUGGUGGACGAGGUAGCGAUCGAGGUUUUGCACCUCGAGGCCGUGGUUCAUUCAGAGGUCAGGCGGGAAGACACGCAGCCUACGCGCAGUACUCGCUGGAUAAUCGGCCGAGGAAGCUAGCCGUCACUGGUGUUGAUUUUACUCCCGCAGAUAAAGACGAAGCUCUUCGACAUUUCCUCUUGAACCUGGGAGAAUUCGAAUCUGUAGAGACCACCGCCUCCGUCACACACGUGUCUUUCCAAGAUCGUAAAACAGCCGAGAAAUUUUAUUACAGCUUGCACGGCAAAGAGCUACCUGGUGUUAGCGGCACGCUCGAACUCUCCUGGAUCAACACCCCGUUGCCACCCGUGGGGUCCUCCAAGAAGAACGAGGAUGUUGAGGAUGGAGAUGCCAUGGCAGGGUUGAAUGAUGAGGAGGGGAAUGCGGACGAGGGCUUGCCGGAGGAGCAUAUGCGGGAGCGGCAGGUGGAUAUGGACUAUGAAGUCGGGGUUGAGGAGGGUUGGGUUGAAUGA